CUAGCCCUUUCUCUCGCGUCUGCACUCCAGCACCUCCACUCCCACCCAGGCAAAGGGCAAAGAGCAAAGACGCUCCGGAAAGGCUAGGGCCACUUCCAUCUCCUCGGACUGGAGGAGGCCUCGGGCAGGGGCUGCGCUGCGAGCGACGAUCUUUGGGGGAAGAGCGCAGCGCGAGAGAGCGAUCCGGGGAACCAGCCCGCCACGGCGAAGCUCGCCACCAAGUCGGGAACGCCGAGGGUUUCAGUCGAACGAUCCCAGUCCUGGGACGAUCCCGGAGCCUGCCUGCCAUCGAAGGCGUCUGGAGGGAGCAGUGAUCCCGAGCCACAUCCCCGACAUCGUCACGCGAGGUGCGCGCCCGGCUCCUGGUUUGAUAUGCAACUACCAAUCUCCCUGCAAGUCUCCAAGGUGGAAAUACUUGAAAGGAUUACAAGCGGGAUUUGGUAGCCCUUCUGAAAGUUGGUAACCGGAAGAGAAGAAGAUAAGGCUACAGGAUGAAGGAUGCCACUGAAGCUGCCCGAGAGUUUGCCCCUCCCGCUGGGCAGCGCCUCGCCGCAAACCUCGGAGAUCCGAUCCUGAGCGCUCGGCACUGAUAGUUUUGUAAUCAACUACGAAUGAUGAAACCUUCCAUAGCUGAGAUGCUUCACAGAGGGAGGAUGUUGUGGAUAAUUCUUCUAAGCACAAUUGCUCUAGGAUGGACUACCCCCAUUCCCCUGAUAGAGGACUCAGAGGAAAUAGAUGAGCCCUGUUUUGAUCCAUGCUACUGUGAAGUUAAAGAAAGCCUCUUUCAUAUACAUUGUGACAGUAAAGGAUUUACAAAUAUUAGUCAGAUUACUGAAUUUUGGUCAAGACCUUUUAAACUGUAUCUGCAGAGGAAUUCAAUGAGGAAAUUAUACACCAACAGUUUUCUUCAUUUGAAUAAUGCUGUGUCCAUUAACCUUGGGAACAAUGCUUUGCAGGACAUUCAAAUGGGAGCUUUUAAUGGUCUUAAGAUCUUAAAGAGGCUAUACCUACAUGAGAAUAAACUAGAUGUCUUCAGAAAUGACACCUUCCUUGGCUUGGAAAGUCUAGAAUAUCUGCAGGCAGAUUACAAUGUCAUUAAACGUAUUGAGAGUGGAGCAUUUCGGAACCUAAGUAAAUUGAGGGUUCUGAUUUUAAAUGAUAAUCUCAUCCCCAUGCUUCCCACCAAUUUAUUUAAGGCUGUUUCUUUAACCCAUUUGGACUUACGUGGAAACAGGUUAAAGGUUCUUUUUUACCGAGGAAUGCUAGAUCACAUUGGCAGAAGCCUAAUGGAGCUCCAACUAGAAGAAAAUCCCUGGAACUGUACCUGUGAAAUUGUGCAGCUGAAGAGCUGGCUGGAACGCAUUCCUUACACUGCCCUGGUGGGAGACAUCACCUGUGAGACACCUUUCCAUUUCCAUGGAAAGGACCUGCGAGAAAUCAGGAAGACAGAACUCUGCCCCUUGUUGUCUGACUCUGAGGUGGAAGCUAGUUUGGGGAUACCUCAUUUGUCAUCAAGCAAGGAGAAUGCAUGGCCAACUAAACCUUCCUCCAUGCUGUCCUCUGUCCAUUUUACUGCUUCUUCUGUUGAAUACAAGUCCUCAAAUAAACAGCCCAAGCCCACCAAACAGCCCCGAACACCAAGACCACCCUCUACAUCCCAAGCUUUAUAUCCUGGUCCAAAUCAACCUCCUAUUGCUCCUUACCAGACCAGACCACCAAUUCCUAUCAUAUGCCCUACUGGGUGUACUUGUAAUUUGCACAUCAAUGACCUUGGCUUGACUGUCAAUUGCAAAGAGCGAGGAUUUAAUAACAUUUCUGAACUUCUUCCAAGGCCACUGAAUGCCAAAAAACUGUACCUGAGUAGCAAUCUGAUUCAGAAAAUAUACCGCUCAGAUUUUUGGAAUUUUUCUUCUUUGGAUCUCUUACAUCUGGGGAACAACCGCAUUUCUUAUGUCCAGGAUGGGGCCUUCAUCAACCUGCCUAACUUAAAAAGUCUGUUUCUCAAUGGCAAUGAUAUAGAGAAGCUGACACCUGGCAUGUUCCGAGGGCUACAGAGUUUGCACUACUUGUACUUUGAGUUCAACGUCAUCCGGGAAAUUCAGCCUGCAGCUUUUAGCCUCAUGCCCAACUUGAAGCUGCUAUUCCUCAACAAUAACUUGCUGAGGACUCUGCCGACAGACGCCUUUGCAGGCACAUCCCUGGCUCGGCUCAACUUGAGAAAGAACUAUUUCCUCUAUCUUCCUGUGGCUGGUGUGCUGGAACACUUGAAUGCCAUUGUGCAGAUAGACCUCAACGAGAAUCCCUGGGACUGCACUUGUGACCUGGUCCCCUUUAAGCAGUGGAUCGAAACCAUCAGCUCAGUCAGUGUGGUAGGAGAUGUGCUUUGUAGGAGCCCUGAGAACCUCACACACCGUGAUGUCCGCACCAUCGAACUGGAAGUGUUAUGUCCAGAGAUGCUGCAUAUUGCACCCACUGGCGCAUCCCCAGCCCACUCUGGAGAUUCUCACUUUGUUGGGAGCCCAACGAGUGUAUCACCUUAUGAGUUAUCUCCUCCCGGGGUCCCUGUGCCACUUUCUGUGUUGAUCCUCAGCCUGCUGGUUCUGUUCUUUUCUGCAGUCUUUGUUGCUGCAGGCCUCUUUGCCUACGUGCUCCGACGGCGUCGGAAGAAGCUGCCCUUUCGAAGUAAGCGGCAAGAAGGUGUAGACCUCACCGGCAUCCAGAUGCAGUGCCACCGGCUGUUUGAGGAUGGUGGAGGUGGUGGUGGUGGAAGCGCGGGUGGAGGCCGACCAACUCUUUCUUCCCCUGAGAAGGCUCCUCCUGUGGGUCACGUGUACGAGUACAUCCCCCACCCGGUUACCCAGAUGUGCAACAACCCCAUCUACAAGCCUCGUGAGGAGGAAGAAGUGGUUGCUUCAGCAGGGCAGGACACAGGAAGUGCAGAACGUGGGGGUCCUGGGACACAGGCGCCGGGAAUGGGCGAGGUUCUCCUAGGAAGUGAGCAGUUUGCGGAGACACCGAAGGAGACCCACAGCAACUACCGGACUUUGCUGGAGAAAGAGAAGGAGUGGGCCCUGGCGGUUUCCAGCUCCCAGCUCAACACCAUAGUGACGGUGAAUCACCACCACCCUCACCCACACCACUCUGCAGUUGGUGGGGUUCCAGGGGUCGUUGGGGGAGCUGGGGGAGACUUGUCUGGGUUCCGCCACCAUGAGAAGAAUGGUGGGGUGGUGCUGUUCCCCCCCGGGGGAGGCUGUGGUGGUGGCAGUAUGCUACUUGACCGGGAGAGACCACAGCCGGGCCCCUGCGCAGUCGGCUUCGUGGACUGUCUCUACGGCACAGUGCCCAAAUUAAAGGAACUACAUGUCCACCCCCCCGGCAUGCAAUACCCAGACUUACAGCAGGAUGCCAGGCUCAAAGAAACCCUUCUCUUCUCAGCUGGAAAGGGCUUCACAGACCACCAAACCCAAAAAAGUGAUUACCUCGAGUUAAGGGCCAAACUUCAAACAAAGCCGGAUUACCUCGAAGUCCUGGAAAAAACAUCGUAUAGGUUCUAACAGAAAGAAGGAAAUAAAUUAGUGCUUUUUUUUUUUCCAAAAGAAAAGGAAAAUAAAAGAAAUAUAUCCCUUGCUCCUUUUACACUUGUCCCAAUAUCUCCAUCCUCACAAUCUUCCCUGCCCUGAACAGAAUUGAAAGCGCAUGAUAACUAGAGAAUUCAGAUGUUUGCUCUCCUCUCUCAGAUGUGAUUCGGAGGAAGGGCCAUACUCAGAUCAUUAAUCAAUGAAGUGCCUUCGCAGACUUUUGCCAGCAAAUGUUAUCGUUAUUUUUUAUACUGAAACUUGAGACUUUGACUGUGCCAUGUAUAAGGUAUAUGAGGAUCGUUGUAUUGAUCCUAAUUAAGUAAAAUUCAAUGUGUCUUUUAUUUUCAGUAACUUUUUUUCUUUAAUUGGAGCUUUGUUUGAAAAGGAGGGGGGGAAAUUGACAUUUGUUACUCUCUUCCCUCUUCCCAUCAUGGCACAGUUUCUGUACAUGUAUUAACAAUGCAGUUUGCUGCAUGCCUGAAAACUGCAAGACGGGGAGGGAGGGGCGGGUCUUGCUCGAAUGUUCUCACUCAAUCUUUUGUCUCCCUCACACACUCUUAUAUGCAAACAACAAAUCCCUGCAGACGAUUAGGUUCCUAAACUUGCAGUUGUUGCACACACACACACACACAUACACACACACACACACACACACACACGCCGCUCCCUUCUAACCCAAUCUGCUUAGUUCAGGUUUGAUCCAUCUCUCUCCUCUCCAUGUCUUCACCUGCCGUUCAUUCCUAGUGUACAGCUAAGAUCUUCUCUCCUAGGACCCUGGGAAAAGUCACACUCCAGGCUGGAUCCUACCGAAGUGAAGGCCUGGUGGUUUAACCACUGGAAACACACCUAGGGAUAAGCACCCUCUUCGUGACACAUCAUCCUGAUGCCAAGAUUUUUUGGAGAACAUCUGCACUUUCUUAUAAAUAUAUAUAUAUAUAAUAUUAAAAAUAAAAAAGCAACUGAAUAUAUAUCACUAACAGCUUUGUAGGAAGCACUUUUAAUGUUUUCUCUCUCACACACAAAGAUUCAAAAGAAAUGUGCAUAUAUUUAUUCUGUAAUUUCAGUGAUUAUAAAUUGUAAAGGUAAUGUUUAAUCAUUGUAUAGUGAUUAUGCGUCUGGUAUAGCUUCCUAAUAAAAAGAUUUUGAAAAUCAUAAUACAUUAUAUAUAGAGGAUACAAAGCUUGAAACUUAAAGCUUCAGCUAUGCCAUGCCUUUUGUGCUCCCAUUUAAAAGUAAUUAUUUCUUUUACUUGUUAUACAGAAAGCUAAUUUAUUAACAAGUUUGAUGCACUGUGAUAUUGAUAAAUCUUAAAACCCAUCUCCUCUACUCCAUACCACAAUGCAUUUGGGACUUAACAAUGUCUGAAUUAUAUGUCAUUUCUUUUUCUUGGACUGUGAAUUUCAAACAUAGUACCCCAACAAGGCACUGUUUCUUAGGCAUGAUGCAAUUGGGAGAAAAUAAAGUAACUAGAUUGCUAAGAAGUAUAGGAUUAUUCAGAUGAAGGCAAUCAAGGAUCCUUGCAUCUUAAAAUAGUAAAUGACAUAAAGAAAAUAGAAAGUGAAAUUGCUAUCUUUUAACAAUAUGCACUAAAAUUAUAUCCACACCAACACUCAACCCCCACAUAUGUAACACAAUCAAAAUCAAAGGCCUUGAAGCCAAUUUGACUGUCAGCAUACUAUUGUAUUUGAAAGUUGUCACUGUAAUAUUUAGCCACUGUUUCUUCUAACCACUGACCACAAAGGACCCCAGUAAUGUUUGAACUUAAAACACUGAAUGCUGAAUGACUGUUACUUCCUGUAUGACAUUGAAAUGAUUUGGAAAAAUUAGCUUGACAAUAAUCCAAGUUAUGUUCCAUUUACCUGUGCAUGAAACCAAAGAAAAUUGGGUUUUAGGAUGCCAGUAUCUUGAUAAAAAGAAAUCUGAAUUUUGAGCCAGGCACAUGUCUUGCUAGGCCAGUAGAGGGCAGAAGAGCUCCAGCGAUCCACAGACUCAGUAGCUACAGGAUUGUGAAGUGAGGCCAGUGUUUUCUGCCAGUGUUUCCUCAAGCUGCUCUUAGAAAUUAUCAUUACGUGUUGAAUGUAAUUCAUCAUAAGUCACUGAUGCCUUACAUCACGUUUUUCCCACAAAAAAGAAUAAGACGAGCAAUUUUUAAAGCUGGGUGGUAGAUAAAGCAUUAAGGCACUGUAUUAAAGAAAAGCCCUAAGGAUAUCUAGAAUCCAAGUGGUCCUUGAUUAAUUAUAUAUAAUUAUCAUCAUAGGAAUGCAUAAAAAUUAAAUAUACAAGUAUAACAACACAAGUGCAACUUUUCAGGGCUACGUUGAGUCUGAUAUGCUGUACCUAUAACUUUUACCCUCAAUUAUUUGACAUAUAUUUUAGAAUUACUUUAGGGAAAAAAAAAAAACAGGGAGAUAAUUUACCAUAACUUUAUGGAAAAUACUAAAUGGAGCUAUUCUUGUUCAAGACAGUCAGGCCCACUAUUAAAUAUGUUAUUUUUCUUCUUUCGCUCUUUUCUGUUUUUGCUUUUUGAGACAGGGUUUCACUAUGUAGUUCAAGCUGGCCUUGAACUCACUGUGUAACUGAAGCUGGCCAUGAUCCCCCUGUCUCUGAGAUUACAAGCAUGAGCCAACAAGCUCAGCUUAUGUUCUACUUUUAAUUUUCCCAUAGGUCAUCUAUUUUUCUAGUGAUCUCACUUUCCUCCUUUCUAAUUAUUUCUCUUCUUCACUGAUUUUUUUUUAAGGCACAGAAAGCCUUAAGUUUUAAAACUCUCUAAACUAGAGAUUUAUCAUAUUUCCAUUCCUCUUAAUCAAAUAUUUUGGUGAACAGUAGAAAGUACAUUAAAUCUCAAAGUGCAAAUCUAAAUAUUUCUGAUAUUGAUAAUCACUUGUUUAAUAAUACUCACAUUUGAAACAUUGCAUAUUAUACAAAUCAGGUUGAAGUACAAUCUCUAAUGACCCUGGUGCUUUUGACAUUUGGAAAAUAAGUCUCCAUAAACCAUAUCAAAUUAUAAUAUCACUGGUAAUAAUAAUGUUUAUUCUUUGUUUAUCAAAUACAGAAAGUAAGACUGUCUUGUCUUAGAUACAGAUAGUAAUUUCACUCUUGAAUGAGGAAUACAUUUAUUCCCCUUGUGAAAGUAAAUUUGUAUGAGAAUGGAAUUUUGUAUUGAAGAUGACAAUUUUUUGCUUCCAUGGAUUUGUCUACAUCCUGGCUAAGCCACUAAUUUUAAAUUUGCAUUAAAAUUACUUCAGUUAGAUUUAAUUUGUAAUACCAAAUAUGUUUUCUGGUAUCAUGGAUAUUAAUAUAGCUACAGAUUAGAAUCUGUUUUAAAUUUUUUCUGGGAUAAAAUACUUAUUUUUUUAAAAAAAUUGAUAAUUCAUUUCAUAGCAAUGGUCAGCUACUGAAGCAGACCAAGACCUGACAGAUAUUUGCUAUUAUCCACUCUUAUUUUUACUACUAAUUAUAGUAAUAAAAUUUGGAAAUAACAAACAUUGUAAUAUCCCAUAAGCUAUGAUAUUAUUAGCAGAAAAUAAUUGCAAAUGAACUAUUAGUUUAAUUCAGUAAUAGUUUAAACAUGUUUAAUAUCAUUUUAUGGUAUAUUUAUGUGGGUGUUUUUAUAUUUUUAUUUAGGAAUAUAUAUAUUAUUUCUUCUAAUUGCAAAAUACUUUUAAAAUAAGUAUGAUGAAUAUCAUAUUUUAAUAAAAAUUCAGAGAGGGAAAGUUUAAUGAUUGAAUCAGAAAAGUUUUUUUUUUUUUCUUUUUUUUCUCUUUUCUCCGUCCUUAUCUGGGAGUUUUAGGUCUAAGCUCUUGCUAUGUGAAAAGAAUAAUAUUUGUAUUUCGGGUUAUGAAAACUUAUAAUGAAAUCUUAGAAUAGAAAGACCUUAAAUAACAUUAUAGCACAUUAUUUGAUUCAUUUAUUUAAAAUUCAUUAUUUGUAUAGCCCUGUCCUUUGGAAAAUUAUUGUUUAACCCAAUACAUGUUGCACUUUUGUCAAAUAGCUAGGACAAAGGAAACAUUAAUGAAAUAUUUCACAAAAUAUGAGAUGUAUGGUUAUAACAAGUCAAGAUUAUGGAGAGAAAAUGGUAGUUAAAGGAACCCCAUCUUCAGUGAUUUGAUCUAAUUUAUUUUGAACUCAGACAUUUAUUACAUAUAUUUAGCUCAAAAUUCUCACCUAUGAAAAUUCAGGUGAACAGAACACAAAUACCAUUAACUCACCCUGUAAGUGUUCUGUUCAACAUAUUAUAGGUCUUUUAAAAAUAAUAGGAGCAAUAACACAUGUGUAAUUGGGCAAUCAUGUGUGUGUAUGUAUAUAUACAUAGCACUAUUAUAUAUGUAUAUACCUUGUAUAUACAUGUAUAUAGUUUAUAUAUGCUGAAUGAUAUGUAAAUUAUGCUUUUUUCUUAUAUGUAUAACAAUUUUAGUUUUAUGCACUUAUUUUUCUUGCAUCUGUCUAGCCACCAUCCAAGUGAAGCUGGAUGUGAUCAUAAGUCUUCAUUUUGGGAAUAUUCACAUGUAAAAGUAAAACUGUAAUUAAUAUUUCUGAACUUAAAAGGUCUUUCAUCUUCCAUUUUGUUUCAUUUUGUUAUUUAAGUCCUAGGGGACAAAUCUCAGUCAAGUUGUGAUUUAUCUUAAGUUAAAUCUUUACAGUAAAGGAACUAAUUUCUUACAAGUAUGCAACAUAAGUCAAAUGAAAAACAAAUGCUUCUUUUUUUUGAGUUUUCUAUUUCUAGAAUAAAUUUUACAGGUGAAAACAAUUUUAGUACCUUUAUUAAUUAGACAAUAUCUUUGUAAUUUACCUAGGUAUGCAGGAAAAGUGAUAUUUUGAAGGUUGAAUGUAAGAGAAGUAAAGUCUCAGUUUAAGGCAUUCAUCAUCACAGUUCACUUCUUUUAACAUGAAUCCUUAAUAAUAGGAGUCACAGUAAUAGAGAGAUGACCAUUUUUAGUAUGCUAAUAUGGAAUCAGAAUUGAAGAACAAGAUUAUCAUUAUCAAGAAAUAAAGUGUACAUCAGGGUUGCUAGUUGUGAAGAGGCAAUUCUUUUGCCAGAUUAAUUUUGAUAAAUAUGUAUGUUUGAGGAAAUGUAUCAUUUCCUUUCUAUUGCAUUGAUAUUUUCCAAGUGAUUUUAAAAUUCUAGUCCAAACUAAUUCUUGUGGUAUUCUUCACAGAUAAAUGGUGAAUAAUGCUUGUGGUAUUCUUCACAGUAAAUUUAUGAUUUGAUACAACACCAGUAUGUCUUUAAACAUUAAAAGAUAAUUACAAAAAGGAGGGCUUUCCUCAUUACCCCUUAGUAAUAGUAAGACCCAGCAUGCAUACCUUAAUAUUUUUAAAAAAAUACUUUGGCUACUUACAUAAGAGUAGUUUUCAAUAUAAUAAGUUGUAUCAAAACAAAACAAGUUUCAUAAAAACCAAUGUGAUAAUGACCAGAUUAAAACAAAUUUGCAUAUUUUGUUUCAGUAAAAUUCUAAUUCUUUUGAUGGUGAAAGGCACAUUACCUACCCUAUGACACUCUAUUAUAUAGAAAGAAAAAAUUUUGCUCUUCUGACACAUUUUAGUUUUGCAAUUUAUUAGAAUGAAGGAACACUAUAAUGAUUCUUGGUGACUUUAAAAUCAGAACAAUACUUCCCUAACCUGGGUGGGGAAGGCAAAAUUAUUUACUGAAACAAAGAUGCUGCCUGACUGAUCAUCCUUGCCGGGGAAGGGAAGGAAGUGCUCAUCUCUCUUCAGGCCUGUUCCUGUCCCUGUUCCUGACAGGCAUGCUUCUCCUUCUGUUUGUGUGCCAGGGCCAGGAUGUUCCUGUGAUUAAUGGCACAUUUGGUGAGCUCCCAGUCAGUGCCAAGGCAAGGCCAGGGAUUGGUACGAGUCCUCACAUUCAAUGAAAGAAUCUCCAAUUCACUUAUCUCUGUAGCUAAGCUGAGAAAACAAUUCAGUGUAUUUCCUCUAGUUUUGAAACCAUUUGUAAAUCUGGGGAAAAACCAGAAUUUAAUAAUAAAACAAGAAUCACUUGUGGAAAUCAAAAAAGAAUCAGCAAAUAUCUUAAAAACAUGGAACCUACCUUUAAAAUCUCACCAUUUUGCAUUUCUACCUCUGAAAUGCCCUUUAUCUUUGUUAUAGCAUAUAAAAUAUUAGUUAACUAAAAUUAAAAUAUCCAAGUCCUUUUCUCAGAAUCUAUACACUUUUUCCUUUUUUGGAUUAUUCACAUGUUACAUUAUCACUUAGAAUUCUGGUGAAAGGAUUUAUUUUGAAAGCCCAACUUUUUGUCUGUGACAAUUAAUUUUAUAAUAAAAACAAGUUAGUCAGAUAUGUAAACUAUUAACCAUACUCUGUAAUGGGGCAGAAAAUCAUAUGCUCUAUCAAAAUUGAAGAUUUUAUAUGGAGUAAACAGAGGCAUCGCUUUUUUCCCCUACCUGUGCUCUUCUUUAUCAGUUUUGGAUUCCAACCUUAAAUGUGCCUAUAUUUCAAAUUGACAGUUCUUUGUUGUUUUACUUUUCUAGGUAGCAAUAAAAGGAAAGUGGAAAUAGAAAAUAAUAUUUCCAGGUAUCAUGUAAUUGGUCCAUGGAAAAACCAGGCCUAUGAACUUCUACUUUCUCUUCAGAAAACCUUAAAAAGAAAGAGAGUGGAAGGAGGAGGGGAAAGAAUGAAACUGUCCUUCCUUUUUGAAGAUCAUUUGUUAAAGGGUUAAUGAAAAAAGUCUGAACUAGGUUUCCAUAUUAACCUUUUGAUGUCCUAUAUUUGGAAGAGCUUAAGUCCCACAGUAGAUUCACUGGAUCUUUCAACAAGGCUCUAAGCCAUUUCAAUUCUCAUAUGUUAUACUCAAUGGGUAGCACAUAAAACCUUGAAAGUAACUAAGCCAACUAGAAUGAAAAAAAUUCUAAUGCAAGAAUAAAUCACUAGGGAUAAUUUGAGCUACCAAUGUAAGAUAUUUACCAUGGCUUAUAGUAACCAACAGUCUGACAGUCUGUAAAAUGACUUUUCUUUUCUUUUUUUAGUUCUUAAAUUAGUUUCUUUUCUGUACAAACAAUAAAUCUUUAAUUAAUUUUUGGGUCAUUUUAACAUAACUUUGUCAUUAGUUCCAUAC